UGGAGCUGAAAAGAAGCUUCAAACUAACUUUUUCUGAGUAUUGUGUAAUGGUUUCACUCUCGAAGAAGCUGAUUGCGCCCAUACUCAAAUCGUAUUGUGUAAUGGUUUCACUCUCGAAGAAGCUGAUUGCGCCCAUACUCAAAUCUUCAUCCUUCAUCUCCACAGUCGCCAAGUUUCACGACGACCACCUCCCAUUCAUCCCCUUCUCCCACCUCCAAAAAAUCAAACACUUGGAAUGCCAACUCGUUUCCACACUCGAACAUUGCAGAAGCCCUGCCCAAAUCAAGCAAACCCACGCUUACAUAAUCCGAAAAUGCCUCCAUCAAUCCUCCUACAUAAUCGCCAAGCUCAUCCGAAUGCUAUCCAAAUUCAAUGUCUCCACAAAAUCAUACGCCGCCUCUGUUUUCUCCGAGGUGAGACACCCCAAUGCGUUUCUGUACACUGCUUUAAUCAGGGGUUAUUUGGUUGACGGGAUGCUAAAAGAGUCGAUCCUCGUAUACAAUUCGAUGCGCGGAAGAGGUUUGAUUCCCUUGUCCUUCACUAUCGCGGCGCUGCUGAAGGGAUCUGCGAGCGAAUCGGAUGCCAAUUUUGGGCGGCAGAUUCACGGAGAGAGUGUGAAAUUAGGUGGAUUUGGUGCGGAUUUGUUUGUGGUUAAUGCUUUGAUCGAUAUGUAUGUGAAAUGCGGGGAUUUGGAUUGCGGGCGGAAGGUGUUUGACGAAAUGCCUGAACGAGAUUUGAUCUCUUGGACUACGCUUAUCGAUGCUUAUGCGAAGGCGGCGGAGAUGGAUUGCGCGGAUGAGCUUUUUAGCGCCAUGCCGGUGAAGGAUAUGGUGGCGUGGACCGCGAUGGUGACCGGCUUCGUGCAGAAUGCCAAGCCCAGGGAGGCGUUGGAGUGCUUCGAGAGAAUGCAGAGCGCCGGUGUCCAGACAGACGAGGUCACGUUGGUCGGAGUUAUAAACGCGUGCGCUCAAUUGGGCGCGGUUAAGCACGCGUACUGGGUUAGAGACGUAGCUGUGAGAUGUGGCUUCGACCCUGCACACGACGCUCAUGUAGGUUCUGCGUUAAUCGACAUGUAUUCGAAAUGCGGAUGUCUGGAAGAAGCAUAUGGUGUUUUCAACUCAUUGCAAAGGAAGAAUGUCUACUCCUAUAGCUCUAUGAUCAUUGGUUUCGCAAUGCACGGCCGCGCCACCUCAGCAAUCGAGCUUUUUCGCGAGAUGACGACGACGACAGAUGUAAAGCCAAAUUCGGUGACAUUCUUGGGAGUUCUGACUGCUUGUAGCCAUGGAGGUAUGGUGGAGCAGGGGAAGCUCUUUUUCGACGAAAUGAAGGAGAAACACGGCAUCUCACCCUCCGUGGAUCACUACAACACCAUGGUGGAUAUGCUUGGAAGAAGGGGGAGGUUGAAGGAAGCGCUUAGCCUCAUCAAAGCCAUGCCUAUGGAGGCGAAUGGCGGCGUGUGGGGGGCUCUCCUAGGAGCAAGCCGGGUCCACGGAGAUGCAAGCAUUGCAGAGGAAGCAGCAGGGCAUCUCUUCAAGCUCGAGCCGGGGAACAUAGGGAACUAUAUAUUAUUAUGCGAGGCUUAUGCAAAAGCGGGGAGGUGGGAGGACGUGGCGAGGGUGAGGAGGGAGAUGAGGGCGAAGGGGCUGAGGAAGAAGGCGGGGGUGGCGUGUAGCUGGGUGGAAGGGGAGAGGGGGGAGGUGCAAGUGUUCUACGCGGGAGAGUGGACGCAUCCGAGGAGUGGGGAGGUGAAGGGGGUGUUGGAGGAGGUGGCGGAGAGGGCGGGGUACGAGGCGAGGGUGGGGGGAGUGGUGUAUGAUGUGGAAGAGGAGGAGAAGAGGAGGAUUUUGAUGGGGCAUAGUGAGAAGAUGGCGUUGGCGUAUGCGGUGAUGGUGGGGGGACAGGGGACUGUGAGGAUUGUGAAGAAUUUGAGAAUAUGUGAGGAUUGUCAUGUGUUUAUGUGUGGGGUGUCGAGGGUGAUUGGGAGGGAUAUUUUGGUUAGGGAUAAUUUCAGGUUUCAUCACUUUCGUCAUGGGCUUUGUUCCUGUUCGGAUUUUUGGUGAAGUACUAUUUAUAGUUGAUAAAAAUGUGUUUUCUUCUUGACAAUACUAUGAUAAAUAAAAUGCU